AUGGAAAACCAGGAAGCGGAGACGGUUUCUAAGUCAUUCUAUUCCGGUUGGAUUAGCCGUUUCGGAGUUCCAUUGCGCAUCACGACAGACCAAGGACGCCAGCUCGAAUCUCAACUAUUCAGGCAAUUGAACGAACUAACAGGCAGCAAGCAUCUAAGAACCACGGCAUACCAUCCACAGGCGAACGGCUUGGUGGAGAGGUUCCACCGUCAACUCAAAGCAGCAAUAAAGUGCCACGGCAACAACAAAUGGACAAUCACCUUACCUACAAUACUCCUGGGGAUCCGGUCAGCUUGGCACGAGGACUUGGGCGCAACAACAGCCCAGUUGGUAUACGGUGAAACACUACGACUACCAGGACAGUUCAUUAAUAAAUUAGCAACAGCAACAACAAAUGAUACGGCACAAUUGGUCACGAAGCUGCGAAAUCAGUUCAAUCAUCUCAACCAAAAGAAGGGACAAAUCACGAUAACAAGCGACCAUUCGUUUUCAAGGAGAUGGCAACAACAAGUCACGUUUUCGUUCGCCACGACGGUCCAAAAUCCAUUCUCCAAUCACCUUAUGAUGGUCCAUUUGAAGUACUCGACCGAACGGAAAAAACAAUCCGAGUAA